AUGUACCAGAAAUCAGAACUCACAAGAGAUCAGAUUCUUCACACUGGAGAGAAGGAAUAUGAAUACAAUAAGCUUAGGGAAGCCGUUGAUGAGCAAUUAUCUCUGCAAAGACAUAAGAGACUUCACACAAGGGGGAAAAGUUAUGAAUGUAGUGAGUAUGGAAAAGUCUUCCUCAGCUACUUUGGUCUCGUUAAUCAUCAGAGAUUCCACACAGGGGAAAAACAUUAUGAAUGUAGCCAGUCUGGAAAAGCUUUAAGCGAACUAUCAGCUAGAAUCCACACAGGGGAAAAAUCUUACGAGUGUAGCGAAUGUGGAAAAGCCUUUAGACACCAUUCAGGUUUUAUUGGACAUCAGAGAAUCCACACCGGGGAAAAACCUUAUAAAUGUAGCAAGUGUGGAAAAGCUUUUUCUUGGAAGUCAAACCUAAUCACACAUCAGAAAAUUCACACUGGGGAAAAACCUUAUAAAUGUAAUGAAUGUGGAAAAGUUUUUAGUGAACAUUCAGAUUCCAUUAGAUAUCAGAGAAUCAACACAGGGGAAAAACCUUCUGAAUGUAGUGAAUAUGGAAAAGCUUUUUUUUGGAAGUCAAACCUAAUCGGGCAUCAGAAAUUUCACACAGGAGAAAAACCCUAUAUAUGUAGUGACUGUGGAAAAGCCUUCAGUGAUCAUUCAGCUUUCAUUAGACAUCAGAGACUCCACACAGGGGAAAAACUUUAUGAAUGUACUGAGUGUAGAAAAGCUUUUUCUCAGAAGUCAAACCUAAUCAGGCAUCAGAGAAUCCACAUUGGAUGA